GAAAAAAAAUCAUGUUUUUUUUCUGCAAGAGGAACAGAUUCAUUUCUCGUGGAGGCACGGGUUUGAUUCUGCCUCUCGGAAAGGAAAAAAAAUGUGUUUUUUUGUUCCGCAAGAGGCACGCAUUUACUUCUCAUGAAGCACGAAUUUGUUUCCGCCAGAGGCACGGGCAUGCUCUCGGAAAGGGGAAACACGUGUUCUUAGAUUUGCUUCUAAGAGGCAUGAAUGUGCCUUUCGGAAAGGUAAAAAACGCAUGCCUCUUUGGAAAGGGGAAAAAGGUGCUCCUGGUUUGGGUUUUUCCGAAACGAAAAAAAGCGUGUUCCAGGUUCGGGUUUUUUUGUCCGUUUUUUUGUGAAAAAAAUAUUCGUCGAAAACUAUCAACAUGGGAUCUAGUUUUGAAGAUCUCGACGCGGGGGACCCAACGGCGAAAAUGCUUCAAGAUUUAGUCGCAUGGUUUAAGAGAUAAAACUUUUUGAAUAAACGAAUCUGGGAAGGCGGGAGUGUUCUUUGGAAGGAGUACUCCUCAAUUAGUGAUUUGGAAGAGACAGAUAGGAUGGGCCGUGCUCAGCAUUUAACUUCAUGCUGGGCCUGUGUCACAGCACCAGCGUUAGCCAGGCCAGCCCAUCCUACUGCGCUUGACCGGUUCAAGUUUUUGGCGCCAGUGCGGAUCCCUUUCUCUCCUGCCCUGCAAUUGGCGCCCGCUCCCCUCCACGCUGACACACACACGCCGCCGCCUAAUGCCAUCCUUCCACAUGGAGGCGCAUGGCACCAAACCAUCUUACUACCAGGUCAACCAGCAGUAAGCUCCACAGGCCACAGCAUACGCCGCCGCAUAAACAUCUCCGCCGGCCGCGCCGCGCAGGCACGCCAACUGCCAACGCCACCAUAAGUACCUUCUUCACACCAGUUAGGUCCCUUCACCCGCUCCAAGCCGCAUCGCUCCAUCCAAGCAUUGCUUCAAAGUUGUUGCGCCGAGGCAGAGCAGAUACCCGAUCGAGGCGUCCGUCCGUCCAUGGGGUCCGGGGCGAGCUCCUGCUGCGGCGGUGCGGAGAAGGUGGGGCACGGCUGCGUGAGCGCGUCGUCGGGGGCGGCGACGGCGGGCACGGGCAGCGGCGGCGGCAGCUCGUGGAGGAUCUACAGCUACAAGGAGCUCCACGCCGCCACGGGCGGGUUCAGCGAGGAGAACAAGCUCGGCGAGGGCGGCUUCGGCAGCGUCUACUGGGGCAAGACCCCUGACGGCGUCCAGAUCGCCGUCAAGCGCCUCAAGCCCAACAACAACAACUCCAAGGCCGAGAUGGAGUUCGCCGUCGAGGUCGAGGUGCUCGCCCGCGUCCGCCACCGCAACCUGCUCGGCCUCCGCGGCUACUGCGCCGGCGCUGCCGCAGACCAGCGCAUGAUCGUGUAUGAUUACAUGCCCAACCUCAGCCUCCUGUCCCACCUCCACGGCCAGUUCGCCUCCGACGCCACCCUCGACUGGCGCCGCCGCGUGGGCGUGGCCGUUGGUGCCGCCGAGGCGCUCGUGCACCUCCACCACGAGGCUUCUCCCAGCAUCAUCCACCGCGAUAUCAAGGCCAGCAACGUGCUGCUUGACUCCGACUUCGCGCCGCUCGUCGCUGAUUUUGGGUUCGCCAAGCUCGUCCCCGACGGCGUCUCCCACAUGACCACCAGGGUCAAGGGCACCCUCGGCUACCUCGCGCCGGAGUACGCCAUGUGGGGCAAGGUCUCAGGCGCCUGCGACGUGUACAGCUUCGGGAUACUGCUCGUGGAACUCGUCUCCGGCAGGAAGCCCAUCGAGAGGCUGCCGUCGGGUGCCAAGCGUACCAUCACCGAGUGGGCGGAGCCCCUCAUCGCUCGCGGCCGGCUCGGUGACCUCGUGGACCCGCGCCUCCGGGGCAUCUACGACGCGGCGGAGCUGGCGCGCAUGCUCGAGGCCGCCGCGCUCUGCGUGCAGGGGGAGCCCGAGCGGCGCCCGGACAUGCGCGCCGUCGUGCGGAUCCUGCGCGGCGAGACUGUGGCUCCUGACGGCGCGGCGGCGGCAGCCUCCAAGGGGGGCAACGACGCCCAGGUCCGGCCUGCGGUGAGGAUGGAGAGCGUCAAGUACGCAGACCACCUGAUGGAGACGGAGAACAGCGUGUACUCCGGCGACGGGGACGAGGACGACCAAGAAGACGAGAAGGAGGCCGCCGACUACAGCAGCGACGAGGUGGAGGAGUACUCGCUGAUGGACGACCAGAGCAGCAUGAACUUCGGGGUGUUCGGCGCCAUGCCCGUGGUGCCGGUGCAGACCAUGCACGACCCCUACGUCAGGAGGUUUGGAGGAAACGGCGUCAAGAUAUGAUCAUCUCCUACUCUAUUGUGUGACAAUGCCAGUAUGUUAUAUUAAUUUCGUUGAUGUGUAAACCUGUGCUUAAUUAGUAGUUGGGAUCAAGCUGGUGAUUAAAUUUAUUGUAAUUUAUGGGACUUGGAAGUAAGUUCUUGUUUUCAUUAAACAA